AUGACUUCCCAAGCGUUAGCGUCGCUCACAGCGACUUACACCGACUCUGAAGGCGAAGAAGAUAUGGAAGACCAAACGCCUGAAAAAGAAGAGCCAAAAGAAGCUCAUUCCGUCCCGACCAGUCCUCGGAAAGUGGAGGAAAGUAACAAGCCAGCCUCAGCUCCAGUUUCCCCUAAGAAAAGUCUAGUUAGCUACGUAGAUGACACGAUAGUGUCUGACGAAGAACCGACAUCACCAGUUAAUGAAAAUGAAGAUGACAUGCGCCGUUUGUCCAUGGAGACCGAUACAGACGAAGCAGUACAGCGAUCAGACCCUGAUGACUCCGAAGACGGCAUCACAAUCCCACCUGAACCAUCAGGAAAGUGUCCCAAAGAACUACAAGAAUCUAUAGCAAAAUUUUACAACCGCAUGUUAACAGAAGGACUUGACAUGAAUAGAAUCAUACAGGACAAGAAAAAUUUUAGGAAUCCAAGUAUAUAUGAAAAAUUGAUACAAUUCUGUGAUAUCAAUGAACUUGAUACAAAUUAUCCUCCAGAAAUAUAUGAUCCAUUAAAAUGGGGGAAAGAAUCUUACUAUGAGGAACUCUCUAAAGUUCAAAAACUGGAAAUGGAGAGAAGAGAGAAAGAAAAAAAAGAAAAAUUGUCAAAAAUUGACUUUAUCAGUGGAGUUGCCAAGAAACCUGAAAGUGACGAUGAAAAGAAAAGAAAAUCAAAAUGGGAUCAAGCUGCUCCCAAUAUAGGCUCUAAGCCGAAUAUCAAACAACCAGGCCUAGUGCAACAACCACUGACAACAAACAUCACUGGCACAAAGGGAACUGUCAUUGCUGCUUUUGGAUCUUUACCAAAAAAACCAAAGAUCUGA